GUUGCCCAGGUGGAGACUGCUCUGGACGCCUCCCAGGGUCCAGCGGACGGCAACACCUGCCACAGCGCGAGGCACAAAGGGUGCACUACAGGAAGGAGUGGGGGCAGAGACCGAGGCGAGGAGGGGACCGCCCAACUGUCUCUCCCCUGCGUGUGCUGCACCUUCGCACUCCGAGCAUCGCCUCCCCUUGAGAGCCUGAUCCAAGGCGGGGGCUGGACGCGUGGGCCCCUCUCUUUGGCCUCCCUGACGUCCCUGGCCUCCUGCAGGAGCAGAGAUGCGGCCAAGUGUCGCGGCCGCGGUGGCCGCGGGGCUGUGGGUCCUGUGCACGGUGGGUGCGGCGGCCCCCCGGCGCUGCCUGCUCUCGCACUACCGCUCGCUGGAGCCCCGGACGCUGUCGGCGGCCAAGGCGCUGAGGGACCGCUACGAGGAAGAGGCGCUGAGCUGGGGACCGCGCAACUGCUCCUUCCACCCCAGGAGGGAUCCUCCGCGGCCGUCGUCCUGCGCUUGGCUCCGACACGUGGCCCGAGGCAUCGCGGACGCCCAGGCCGUGCUCAGCCGCCUGCACCGCCCGGAGCUGCUCCCCGGCGCGGGCCCGAUCCUGGAGCUGCUGGCGGCCGCGGGGAGGGACGUGGCGGCCUGUCUCGAGCUGGCCCGGCCCGGCUCCUCCAGGAAAGUCCCCGGGGCCCCGAGGAGGCGUCACAAGCCGCGGAGAGCUGACUCGCCUCGGUGCCGCGAAGCCCGCGUGGUCUUCAACCUCCUGCGCCUGCUCACGUGGGAGCUCCGGCUGGCGGCGCACUCGGGGCCUUGCCUCUGACCCCGCCCCUUCCGCCAGCCCCGAAACCUCCACGCCAUUGGCUGCCGAAAGUGGCCCCUUUCGCCCAUUGGCCCGACCAGGGGAGGCUCUCAGCCAAUAGGCACUGAGGCACGAGAACUUCUCUGCCAUCUUGGGCCUGACUUGGAUCCUCUGUCUCGGUUACAAGAAGCGCGGGUCCUUCCUCCAGGGAAGAGAGCGCCGUUCCCCAGGAAGCAGCGAUGUUUCCUUGGGGUGCAUUGUACGAUCCCCCAAGGGCCGCUGUAGCAGGAAGAGACUUGAGCUCUGGAAACCGUGGCUGACCCCAGGCACGGCACCAGUUCCUCCUCGUGUGGUUACCAGGACACCCCCAAACCCGGGACCCAACCCUGGUUUUGUAGCCCCACAGCCAGCUUUGGGAUUCUGUGAAUCCGUGACUCUUGGAUCCGGCAUCUGGGGGGUACCAUUCCCUGAGGGAUUUGGUAGUGAAAUCCAAGAAUCCUUACCUGACUGUAGUUGUUUAGAUUCCCUGACCUAUGUUGUUUGUAGUUGUGAAAUUCCUGUGUAUUUGCUCUUCUGUCUCCUGGUUUAAAUUGACUGCAGUUAUUAAAGAGUGUUUUGAUUGCAUUGGUUGUUUUCCGUAGGAUGGUUCUGAGGGGCACCUUACAGCAAAAACAGAGGCUGAGCCAGGGACUCGGGUGGCCUGAGUUUCAGUUCUCACCCUGCCAGUUAAUUCCAGUGUAAUGCAGGACAAAUUGUUUUCUGAGCCUGUGUUUCCUCACCUAUAGGAUGGGUUAGUAUACUUGCCUUGUGGAGGAGUAGUGUACGUUGAGAUCACGUU